AUGCCGCACCUGGAAGAGUCUUUUCCCUUGGCUUCUUACCACGAUGCUCCUGAAAAAGACACCACCGAUCCUUCACCAUCAUCUACAAGUACGAAACUUACUACAAUAACAGAAUAUGACGAGAUUGGGAUCCGCAGAUUAUCCACCGAUUCGGCUUCAACAGCAUUCAGCGAUCUCGAAACAGAAGACCUUCUCGCCAAGGGAGCGGAAGUAUCACAGGCGACGAAGAAACGGUGGUCCAGACGAUGCAAAUCUUGGAGUACAUCUAGACCUGUCAAGAUUAUCUCUCCGGUGCUACUUGCAUUAAUACCAAGCUUCUUUCGAAAGUCAGAGAAACGAAAAUUAUAUCCAACAUCAUACCUUGAUGGGCUUCGAGGAGUGGCAGCAUUUUUUGUUACACAGGAUCAUCUAUUCCAUGAUUGGUUUCCCAUUCUCUUCCAUGGAUACGACACAGUGCCAGAUAGCAACCACUUCAUGCAACUUCCCAUCCUCCGCUGCUGGUACUCAGGUAGCGGAAUGGUUUGCGUCUUCUUCGUCAUAUCAGGCUACGUUCUCGCCAACAAGUCGCUGCAACUCAUGCGGUCUCGCCCUUGCGACUUCUCAGCCAUCUUCGACACCUUGGCAUCUUCAGCCUUCCGACGAGGCGUCCGGCUCUUCCUCCCAAUCACGGCUUCGACGUUCUUGUCCCUCAUUUUCGAACUUACUCAUGUAUAUCCGCGAGAAUAUAAGGGGAAGCUGCCCAUCCAUGCUUCAACAUGGCCAGCCCAGUUCUAUGACUGGUAUCUGAACCUCCUCGCGUCAACUAACCCAUUCCAGAUGAUCAAUCCCGGCAAUCCGAUCCCACAAGAAACACCCUACGACGUCCAUCUCUGGACGAUCCCUUAUGAAUUCCGUGGAUCCAUGGUCGUUUUUCUCACGCUCCUAGCCAUCGCCAAAACAAAGAACUCAAUUAAAACAUUUUUUCUAGGCAUGUUCGUCUUAUACACGCUCUGGAUAGGCCAAUGGGACCUUGGCCUCUUUCUCGGAGGAGCUUUCUUCGCCGAACUCCAGUUCCUCCGCCGAGACCUCUUCCCCUCUCACUCAACUAGCCUCCUCUCUCCACCAUCCACUACAUCCACACCUCCUCGCCCCCGACCCUUCCUCCUCAAAUACUCUAAACUCUUCCUCCACCUCCUCACAAUCCCGCUCUUCUUCGCUGGGCUCUACCUCAUCUCAAUCCCAGACCAACAACCCGAGUCCACCCCGGGAUGGCGACGCAUCCACGCCAUGACACCACCUCAAUACCGCACAGAGAUAGCCCCCUGGUACACUGCGAAAUUCUGGGGCACGGUCGGCUCGCUCAUCCUCCUUGUCUCCCUAUCUUUCUCCCCUCCAUUGCCAUUUUCCUCCAGCCCUAGCGGCCUGCUACAACUCCCCUUCACAACCCCCCUCGCCCAAGACCUAGGAGACAUCUCGUACUCCCUGUACAUGAUGCACGGCCCCAUGCUCUACAGCAUCGGACAUUACAUGCGCAAACACGCGGACUCGCAACCGCCGGAGAUGUUCUGGUGGGAUUUUGUGAAGUGUGUUAUUGUUUGGGGAGGCGCGACUAUCUGGAGCGCGGACUUGUUCACCCGGUUUAUUGAUAGUCCGAGUGUGGGGUUUGGGAAGUGGUGCGCUGGGAGGUGUUGGGUUGAGAAUGAGUAG